UAACACGCAACAAAAUGUUCACCAAAAUUAUAACUUUCACCGCACUCCUGGCUGCAGCUAAUGCUGGCCUUUACGGUCAUGGACAUGCCGUGUCCUCCCAAAACAUCAUUCGUCAUGAUGAGGCUUCCCUGCACUACGCCCAAGCUGCUCCAGUAGCGCACUAUGCCGCACCCAUCGCCCACUACGCAGCCCCUAUUGCCCACUACGCCGCCCCAGUGGCUCACUAUGCCGCUCCUCUGGCCCACUACAGUGGUCAUCAUGAAUACGCUCAUCCCAAAUACGACUUCGCGUACUCAGUAGCUGACCCCCACACCGGCGACCACAAGUCCCAGCAUGAGUCCCGCGACGGUGACUCCGUGCACGGCUCCUACUCCCUGGUCCAACCUGACGGCUCCGUCCGCAAGGUCGACUACACCGCUGAUGAGCAUCAUGGCUUCAACGCUAUAGUCCACAACUCGGCUCCCUCCGUACAUCCCAUCGCCCACCACCAUCAGAUAUCUAUGUUGCUAUGUUCAUACCACACAGAAGGUCACUUAAUAUUAGGAGGUAAUCGCACGGAACUUGCGCAUAGAACACACGACAACAUGUUCAGCAAAAUUGUAACUUUCGGUGCUUUCUUGGCCGCGGCCAAUGCCGGACUCUACGGUCAUGGACAUGCCGUGUCCUCCCAAAGCAUCAUUCGUCAUGAUGAGGCUCCCCUGCACUACGCCCACGCUGCCCCAGUGGCGCACUAUGCUGCUCCCAUUGCUCACUACGCCGCCCCUAUUGCCCACUACGCUGCUCCAGUUGCCCACUACGCCGCCCCAGUUGCCCACUACGCCGGUCACGAUGAAUAUGCUCAUCCCAAAUACGACUUCGCAUACUCAGUAGCUGACCCCCACACCGGCGACCACAAGUCCCAGCAUGAGUCCCGCGACGGUGACUCCGUGCACGGCUCCUACUCCCUCGUCCAGCCCGAUGGUUCUGUCCGCAAGGUCGAUUACACCGCUGAUGAGCACCACGGUUUCAACGCUGUAGUGCACAACUCCGCCCCCUCCGUGCACCCAAUUGCUGCCCAUCAUCACCACUACUGAAUAAAUAAAUAUAAAUAAACAUAUUCGAUAUUUCCCGAUUAUGUUGUAAUGGAAAUAAUAUUCUUAUUGUAAUAUU